AUGCGUAGGGCCUGAGCGCCCUUCGUUUCCUGUCAUUCUUACGAUGAUUCGCUCACGGCUAUAUUUUUCUAGAGUAUACACCAAGAGGCACGCGUCUGUGUUCGCAACGAAGCAACAGCCGCAAGGGCGACGAGGUCUCAUGCAAGACACGCAAAGAGGCGCGAGGAUCUACCGGCUCAAGUAAUCAACGAAGACAGGGGACUCGAGGUCGCACAGUAGCACCUAGCACAAGAGCUUCGGCCGCCGGGCUCGACACCAGACAAGAUACGAGAAACCAAGGAUGCACAUGUGCAUAUAGCGCCGACACCAUGAGAUCGGAGGGGAUGGGCAGGACGAAAUCCCCGAGCGUCUUAAGGACGAAAAGGAGUCGAGAGUGCGACACGUGCGUGGAUGGUGAAUACACAACUGAUAGAGGUUUGUGGGUACAUAUGAUCACCUUAGAGUUAGUUCGUAAAGGCCAAGGGUGCCAGCUGCUGCGCUGUGUAAUUACUCCGUGCCGUUUCGCGCCGUCUACUGCGUUUCGAAGAGCAGCCACCCCCCUGCUUCGUACUCGCUUCAUCACUCACUUGUUUGCUUUGACCGGAGUCACCUCCGUCGUCAUGCGUUCUGGGUUCAGAGGGUUGAGGGCGUCUUUUGCGAGAAGGGCGAGGAGUUUGGAAGGCCAGAGGGUGUUUUGUGAGAGCAAAGGAUAUGUUGUGAGGUCAAAGUGUGUGGGGUCGAGAGAGCGUUGGCCCCCAGGACCUUGCAUGACAGUUUCCGGACCGUAUUCCAACCAUGGAAGGAUGCUCUGAUAUUAUGUCUCUUCUUUAAUUCCAUACUUCUAAGUCAUAUGUAUUCUGGGAGUGUGUAAUAUCCAUCAUGUGACAGUUUCCAACCCAUG